AUGCUGGAGAGGUUCGGACGAACUUUUUUGAGGAUGAUAUUCUUUGGAUGUUUCCUCCUGUUGCUCUGCGGGCUCACGCAUGUCAUGGCAAGUUAUCCUAUCUGGUGGUCACUAGCAGUGGGCCACCAGUACUCGUCAUUGGGAACACAACCCAUUCUCUGUGGCAGCAUUCCAGGCCUGGUCCCCAAGCAGCUCCGCUUCUGCCGAAAUUAUGUGGAAAUCAUGCCCAGUGUGGCAGAAGGGGUGAAAAUCGGUAUCCAGGAGUGCCAACAUCAGUUCAGAGGGCGGCGCUGGAACUGCACCACGGUCAAUGACAAUCUGGCCAUUUUUGGACCAGUGUUGGAUAAAGCCACUCGAGAGUCAGCAUUCGUCCACGCCAUUGCUUCGGCUGGAGUAGCCUUUGCGGUGACCCGGGCUUGCGCCGAUGGCUCAGCCACCAUCUGCGGCUGUGACACGCGUCACAAGGGACCCCCUGGCGAGGGGUGGAAGUGGGGCGGCUGCAGCGAAGACGUGGAUUUUGGCGGCAUGGUGUCCCGAGAGUUUGCUGAUGCCAGGGAGAACCGCCCCGAUGCCCGCUCAGCCAUGAAUCGCCAUAACAAUGAAGCGGGACGGACGUCUCUCAACGACAACAUUUUCCUGAAGUGUAAGUGCCACGGGCUGUCGGGCAGCUGUGAGGUGAAGACGUGCUGGUGGUCUCAGCCCGACUUCAGGGUCAUCGGCGACUACAUGAAAGACAAGUACGACAGCGCCUCAGAGAUGGUGGUGGAGAAGCACAAGGAGUCUCGCGGUUGGGUGGAGACCCUGAGACCCCGCUACAACUACUUCAAACCCCCUACAGAGCGCGACCUGGUCUACUAUGAAGGCUCGCCCAACUUCUGUGACCCAAACAUCGAGACGGGUUCAUUUGGCACCCGCGACCGCCUCUGCAACCUGACGUCACACGGCAUCGAUGGCUGCGACCUGCUGUGCUGUGGGCGUGGCCACAACACACGGACGGAGAGGCGCAAGGAGAAAUGCCACUGCAUUUUUCACUGGUGCUGUUAUGUCAGCUGUCAGGAGUGCGUCAGGGUCUAUGACGUGCACACCUGUAAAUAACACCAGCUUUGCCGUCUUGAAGUUUCAAACUUUGGACCAGACCUGUCCGUCCGCGGGGUCCGGCAG